CAGGGUAUGAGCUGAUUGGCUCCUGUGAGGCGUCAUGCAAACAAACAUUCGCGUGCGAAGUUCCCCACGCUGGAAUAUUUUGGAGUUUAUUUUGAAAUGUGUAAUUUGCAAAUAAUGAUCUUUAUAUAAGUUCGAGUUCAGAUCUCAAGAAAAAUAAUGUUAUCAUCAUGGGUGGUUGCUUGACGCUAGAUCGCGAGGAAGUUUUGGCCAAGCGCCGAAGUAACGAAAUAGACAAGCAGCUGCAGGAUUUCGCCAAGAGUGAGAGCAAUGUGAUAAAAAUUCUUAUUUUGGGUGCUGGCGAGAGCGGAAAAAGUACCCUAGUGAAACAAAUGAGAAUCAUCCACAGCGAUGGAUUCACGCAAGAUGAGCUUCUUAGCUUCGCCCCAACCAUCAGGGACAAUCUUUUGUCCUCGAUGAAGUACGUCCUGGCUGGAAUGGGACUGCUCCGAAUCAACUUGCAAAGCGCUAGGAACAAAGCUCAUGCCCAGACGGUGCUCUCCACCUACAGCUGCCUGGACAAUAUGAUGUUCAUGAUUCCGAGCGUGAUGGCUUCGAUGGAGGCCCUUUGGCAAGACAGGGGAGUGCGUUUGGCUGUGGCAAGAGGUUAUGAAUAUGAACUCAAUGAUUCUGCUAUAUACUUAUUUGAGAACAUGGAAAGAAUCUGCAAUGACAAGUACGCUCCCACCCCUACUGAUGUCUUGAGAGCCAGGGUCAGGACCCAUGGUGUGAUUGAGACACAAUUUAAGAUCAAUGACAACAUAAUUAGAAUGUUUGAUGUUGGAGGCCAACGAUCUCAAAGACGAAAAUGGAUUUACUGUUUUGAUGAUGUCAAAGCAGUUCUCUUUGUUGUCGCCCUGAGUGGAUAUGACAUGACUCUUGUGGAGGACUCUACAGUCAACAGACUGGUGGAAAGCCUGAACCUUUUCUCCCAGAUUGUGAACAACCCGUUCUUCAAGGAUGCCGCGUUCCUAUUGUUCCUCAACAAGUAUGAUCUCUUCCGGGAAAAAAUACUCUACUCGUCAAGACACCUUCGAACUUACUUUAAUGAUUUCAAAGGACCAAAUUUGGAUGUGGAUCGGGCGGCCCUGUUCAUUCAAGACAAGUUUGUCCUAUGUAACACAAAUUCCGGGAGGAGCGUGUCGACGCACUUCAUUACCGCCACGGACACAGCCAACGUGCAAGCGGUUAUUCAAGGGGUAAUCGACAGUGUGUUGAAGAAAAACAUCAAGCAGGUUACCCUUCUUUGAGUUUUGGUACAAAAUUCCUCAAAUUGCCUGUUGGUCUAAUUUUAGAAUAAUAUGUCAUAAUUGGUUCCAUUUUGGUAAUCGUCUGUGAUACUAAAAUGCCAUGCAGCAUGAUUUUGUGAGUUAAUUGAUAGUUCCUUUUUGAAGGGAUCUGUGAAGUGUGGAGGUGUUCAUAUCAUGCAUUACAAUUUUUACUAUUUUAUGGAAAAAAACUGCCCUUUCGUCAAGCAUCUCGUAUUUUCCGUCAAUUUUUGCAACUGGAUACUCAGAAAUUAUGAUCUCGUAACAGCAUCUUGCAAUAAUUUCCAAGACUGACAGACACCCUGUGCUAAAUAACUAAUAUUUUUUCGCAUACACUCCGUCUUGCCAAUUAGAUCCCCAUGUAGAAUUAUUAUUAGAUACCCAACGUAGGAGAGGUUGAGGCCUACAAAAUGUAGAAGAUAAAAAUAUUUCUUAUUGGGAGCUGAUUUCAACAUGGAAACUGUAUUUUAUUUUUGCUUGAAAUUACAGCAGUGCACACUACCUGCCUAUGGCUGAACCAGGUAGAAUGACUUCAUAAUCUUUUUAGGGAUUAGUAACUGAUCUUUUUAAAAUCCAUUAUGUUUCUCAAAACAUAUUGCAUAAUAUCUUUGAGAAUUCAGACGAACACAUUUUUGCUGCACACAUUAAGUUUCAACUUAUUCUUGUGACAGUGGAGAAGGACUCUAUAGUUUUGCUCUACAAGUAGCUUUUGUAUGGCAUCUUCAAGUAGGAAAAAUAACACAAUAAAGAUAAAUAAUAUGAGACCAGCA